AUGGCAAACUCUCUUGCUUAUAAGUUCGAUUGUCUCUGUAACUUUUCAAAAAUAACACACCAAUUGUGUACAAUGCUGAGCGAAUUCAUUCUUUUCGCAACAAUUUUGGAGACAGGUUUCACUGGAUGUGGAAAGAAAAAGAAGAACUCGAAAUCUGAGAAGAAGUCGGACUCGAAAGAGAAGUCACCACCAAAGGAUAAUGAUGAUGUCGAGAAAAAGGAAAACGAAGUGGAAGUUAAAAAGGAAAACAAGGGAGUGAAAAAAGAAUAAGUGAAAGAAAAUAAAGACGAGAAGAAGGAAGUAGAUGACAAGAAACCGAAGGAAUUGGCUGAACAUGGUGUAAAAAAAGAAGAUGAUGGUGAUGUGAAAAAAGUUACGGUUGACCAUGUGACGCUUAGUUUUGAUUGUGCAACAACUAGUCAGAAGAAGAUUACAUUAAAGAAUGUUACCAGCAGACCGAUAAUGUUCAAGAUCAGAUCGACGACUACUAAUACUUAUCUGAUCAAUCCAGUGUUUGGAAAAAUCGAGCCUAAUGGUUCCUUUGAAAUGAUUGUAACUCACCGACCAUCUGCCAAGGGAGAACAUAAGCUGGUGAUUAUGACGACUGAAUUGUCUGGAAAAAAGAUUGAAAUGGCAAAGACGUUUAAACAAAUCAAGCAGGCUGGCCCAGAGGUUACGGUGAAACUUUUUGCAACAUGA